UCUGUCGUGCAGCUGCCAGAGACUCUUCUGCAGCCCAGCCCCGCAUUAAAGGCCUGGAACUACCUCAAUAUCCAAACACUGCUCCGAGGGCAGACCUGGAGCAAGUCCCUUAGCUUUGAACUGUUUUAAACACCCAUAAAGCCGAGACGGGUGGUGUCGGGUCUGCUGGAGGAGAAGUCGCGUCUCUUUCGGCAUGUCUCUCCACAGUAUUUGGCCUCCGUGUUGGAUGUUUCCCAGAGUCUAAGGAAAGGACAGCAGGAUGGGCAACGAGGACAGCCUUGAAGAUGUGUUCGUCGCUGUCAUUCGUCCAAAGAAUCAAGUGAGCCUCAGCUCUAAGGAAUACAGACCCAAAGCCUACGAGAUCCUUUUGAAAGAAGUGCCUUUAGAGGGGAAGGAGAAGAAAAGAAAAAAAGUCCUUCUGGCAACAAAGAUCAAAACAGGGGACAAAUCCAAAUCUAUCCUAGAUUAUGUGGAAGACACAUUGAGACCCAUCUCCAAUAACCCAGGCAUCACCGGAAAGCGUGUGGUGAAGAUUGCUCUUGAAGGCGACUAUGGAGGGAAAGAAGCAUCUCUUUUUGUGGUGCCAGUCAGUGUUAAGGACAAUAGCAAACCAAUCCACAACCCUGGGAGCCCCAGUUUUUACUGCUUCCAGGAUAUCAUGCGUGUGUGCAGUGAAACCAGCCCCCACUUCUGCUCCACAACCUCCAAGAUGCUCCUGGCCUUAGACAAAUGGUUGGCAGAACAGCACACUGUUCCUCACGCCAUCCCGGCUCUCUUCAGGCCGGCACCUGUUGAGCGAGUGAAGACCAACGUGAGCAACCCGGCCUACAGCAACGAGGGGAAGCUGAGCGACGAGGACCUGCACAUGGGCUACACCGCUCUGGAAAUCAAGAGUAAGAUGAUGUCCCUGGAGAAGGCAGACAUGUGCGUCCUCAAUCCAUUAUAUGGCUCGGAUCUGCAGUACACCAAUCGGGUGGACAAAGUUAUCAUCAACCCGUACUUUGGGCUUGGAGCACCUGAUUACUCAAAAAUCCAGAUCCCCAAUAGGGAGAAGUGGCAACAUGGCCCCAAUUGUUUGACAGAAGAAAAUGAACACCAGUGGGUGGAUGAUUUUCCUCUGCACCGCAGCGCCUGUGAGGGAGACACAGAGCUGCUUUCUAAGCUUCUUGACAGCGGGUUUUCAGUCAAACAGCUGGACAGCGAUCACUGGGCUCCUAUUCACUACGCCUGCUGGCAUGGUAAAGUGGAGGCGAGCAAGUUGUUGCUUGAGAAAGGUAACUGUAAUCCCAACCUGCUGAACGGCCAGCUCAGCUCCCCGCUGCAUUUUGCAGCCAGAGGAGGCCACGUUGAAAUCGUGCAGCUGCUGCUGCAGCACCCCGACAUCGACCGGCACAUAGAGGACCAGCAGAAGAGAUCCCCUCUGCAGGUGUGUGAGGAGAACAAGCAGAAUGAAUGGGAGGAAACAAUCAAACUUCUGCAGCAGGCCAUCAGCAAGCCAUAUGAGAAGGUGCGCAUCUAUCGCAUGGACGGCUCCUAUCGCUCCGUGGAGCUGAAACAUGGCAACAACACAACGGUGCAGCAGAUAAUGGAGGGGAUGCGGCUUUCACAGGAGACCCAGCAGUAUUUCACCAUCUGGAUCUGCUCGGAGAACCUCCACCUGCAGUUGAAACCGUACCACAAGCCUCUGCAGCACCUUCGCAUCUGGACAGAGAUCGUCACGGACUUGACCGUCCUGGAUCCUCAAAGAGAAACGCCUCAGCUCUUCCUUCGCAGGGAUGUCCGACUGCAUCUUGAUGCUGAGAAAAAGGUGGAAGAUCCACUGGCCAUCCUCAUUCUGUUCGACGAGGCUCGUCACUGCCUCCUGAAGGGUUUCUUUCCAGCUCCAGACAGCAAGCUGAUCACACUGGCCAGCCUCCUCCUGCAGAUCAUCUAUGGCAAUUAUGAGAGCAAGAAACACAAGCAAGGCUUCCUCAACGAGGAAAACCUGAAGUCAAUUUUACCAAUAUCAAAAGUGAAAAGCAAAGCUUACCACUGGACCAACAGGAUUCUUCAUGAAUACAAGGCCCUGAGCACGAGCGAGGGAGUGAGCAAAGAGAUGCACCAUCUGCAGAGACUCUUCCUGCAGAACUGCUGGGACAUCCCGACCUAUGGAGCAGCGUUUUUUACGGGCCAGGUUUACACCAAGGCCAGUGCCAGCAACCACAAAGUCAUCCGUGUGUAUGUCGGGGUCAACACGAAGGGACUGCACCUCAUGAAUAUGGAGACCAAGGUUCUUCUCAUCAGUUUAGAGUAUUGCACAUUCAUGUGGCAGCUUGGACAUGCUGACCAGUACUUCCAGAUACACAGUGGGGACAACAAAAUGAAUUUUAUUGUGCACACAAAACAGGCGGGCCUUAUUGUGAAGCUUUUGAUGAAACUGAGUGGACAUUUGACUCCAAAUGACAAAGGUUCUACAGAUAAAUACGCAUAUGGCUGAAAAGUGUUGAAAGAAACACAUCUGCCAAAUCCCAAGCGCAGGUUCUUCAUGCUGACCAUCACCUGACUGCAGGAAUUCUGGAGGGAGAGUUGGUCUCUCUACAACUGCCUCAAUUUGUAAAAAACAAAAAGCUAACUGAUAUAAAUCAUGAUUGAAUUUUAUGUAUACUGUUGAGUUUUGAUUCUGUGUAAAUAUGUUUAUUAUUUAAUGCUUGUUUUAAUAAACCUCUGA